AAUAUAACAGGUCUCACUUUCAAAAACUCUUAUGGCUUCCAUAUUGCUGCUACUUGUUUUGUUGAUGCCUGCCCUGCAAAUAACAGGUGCACAAUCUGUUGGUGUUUGUUAUGGACAAAAUGGCAACAAUUUACCAUCCCCAACAGAAGUCGUUGACUUGUACAAAAGCAAUGGCAUUGGAAGAAUGAGAAUUUAUGAACCCAAUUAUCCAACCUAUGAAGCCCUUAAAGGUUCUAACAUAGAACUCACCGUGACCAUCCCCAUCGACAAGCUUCAAGGCCUCAAUGAUGCUGAUGCUGCAACAGAUUGGGUCGAAAAGAAUGUACAAGCCUACUUGCCUGACGUCAAGUUCAAAUACAUCGCGGUCGGGAACGAAGUACACCCCACCGAUGCAGAGGCCCAGUAUCUCCUCCCAGCCAUCCAAAACAUUCAUAGUGCAAUUGUAGCAGCCAAUCUGCAAGGCCAGAUCAAAGUCUCAACAGCAAUUGACACAUCCCACGUGGACAAUGACUACCCUCCUUCAGCUGGAAAAUAUAGUGAUGCUGCAAAGUCAUUCAUAACCCCAGUUAUAAACUUCCUAGCCAGCAAUGGGGCCCCUCUUCUUGUCAAUGUGUACCCUUACUUCAGCUACACUGCAAAUCCUGCUGACAUAGACCUUGCCUAUGCCUUAUUCACUUCACAAGGGGUCACGAUGCCGGACGGUGUAAAGUACCAAAACCUGUUUGAUGCUCUUCUGGAUGCUCAGUACUCGGCUCUUGAGAAAGCCAAUGCUUCCAACGUGGAGAUCGUCGUGUCGGAGAGCGGUUGGCCAUCCAAAGGUGGUGAUGCUGCAACCCCUAAAAAUGCACAAACAUUCUACCAGAAUUUAAUCAACCAUGUGACAGGUACUAGUGGGACUCCGAAGAGGCCUGGAAAAGCUAUAGAAACUUACCUUUUUGCCAUGUUUGAUGAAAAUAUCAAGGCCGGUAGUGAAGUUGUGAGACACUUUGGUAUUUUCUACCCCACGAAAAAAGUACAAUGCGCCAGGUGCAUGGGUGCGCCAAUUAUGUGGGCCAUUGGAUGAGCUGUUGUGAGAUGUGGGGUAAUCUACACCCAAAGAAAUGCACCAGUCUCUAGGCUUGGCUUUUACCAAAAAGUUGAAGACACCAAUCAAUUGGCUAUUACUUUUUCAAUCCUGCUCGGUUGGUAAGAUUUGGAAAAAGAUUGUGUAAUGUUCCAAGCUCGAGAAAGUUUCUUGAUAACAUGUUAAAGGGUACAAA